UCUCUGUUUCUGUCACUUGUUCAACUUGUUUUUAUUUUUAUUUUUCCAUUUAUUAUUAUAUUUUUGGUCUCUCUCUUUCUCUCUCUCAAUUUACAUGGAAUAUCUAAAUUAAAUGUAAUUUUGUGUUAAUUUCGAUUAACUCUGUGCUUGGUUCUUCAACCAAUUUAAAUUUCUGUAUCUUUAAUCAAUUUCUCAUCUUGAUAUUCUAUUUCUUUUUUUCUCUACCUCCUCUCGCUCUCUCGCUCUCUCUCUCUCUAUUUGUCUGUCUGUAUCUUUCUCUCUCUCUCCCUUUUUCUUUCUCCCUCUCAAAUAAUCUUGAUUAUCAUUUUAUAUCAAUAUGUCAACAACCACUAACAAUUUGAAACAAAGGUUUAUUCGUCUUAGAAAAUUUAAGCUUCCGGAGACUGAGGCUUUUGAAUCUGAGGAACAGUAUAAAGGUUAUAUGGAACAACGAUAAAAAUGAAAGAGAAAAACAAUUAAAUUAAUUAUUCUCAUUACGCAAUGUUAAGAUGAUCCCACAUUCGCUCAGGUGAUUACCCCCUCUAGGUGUGUGUGUCUACAAUUGAGUUAAUUUGUUUUUCUCUUGUUGAUUGUUACCAUCAUGAUUGGUCAAUUCUAAUUAAUCGAGAUUGUCAAUUAAAUGAUCGGAGGCCAUUUAUGAGUUGGUUUUCUAUUUGAUUUUUGCUUUGUUUAUAUUUUGAAAUUCUAUUUCGUUUCUAUUUCUAAUUUAUGUAUAGAAGGAUUUCUCACCUGAUUAAUUAUCUCCUGGUGUAUAUAGAAUUAUAUCUCUCUCUACAUGUGCACUACCCCCAACAUCAUCAUGGAUGAAGAGAAUGACCAACAGAUUCUUGAUGGAAUUGAUGAAGACAUUUUCAAGAUAGACUAUCAACUUGGAUCUUUUGAGAGCUUAAAUUAUAUUCUUGAUAAGGUUGAAAGUGAACUGAAUCUCAGCAAAUCUUUAUUUAACAUUUUACUCAACUAUAAACGCAUUUUAUAUUUCCAUCAAUGUGAAAUUGAUUCAAAUAACGCAAAUACAAUUAAUCUGAAUAACAUCAACAAUAAUGAGGAUCAUUUACCUCAUGAAAGUGAACAAAAUAGUAAAUGUCAACCAUUGGAUACGGGAAAUGAAGGUGGAAUCAGUGGUUAUGGUGAUGAAGGUGAAGAACGUUCAAUUGCUGCAGCAACAAUUACAACAAAUUCAAUAAUUAAUUCAGAUAAAGGUGAUACAAGUGACAUUGAAGAUGAUACUGGUUGUGAUGGUGGUGGACCUGAGGCUGUUAAUGGUAAUUCAGCUGAUGAAACAAUUGGUGAAAUUGAAGAGGAAGAAGAUCAAGUGGAAGCGGAUUUUAAUCGUCGAUUCAUUUUACAAAAACUCGAACAUGGAUUGGGACGAAUUUGGCAAGAAGCACAACAAAAGUUACGACUUUUAGUUCAAAGUCAUGACAUGUCAACCUGUUCAUUUGAAGAGCUUAUGACAAUAUUGAGAAUUUCCCGACGAAUGAUGGACAUUGGAUCAGAAUUUUGUGACAACAAUUCAACCGAAUUUGAAGAAACCCUUCACGCUAAGACAGUUAAUUAUUUCAAUCAUUAUCACAAAACUCGACUGGAUGAAUUACGAAUGUACCUGGAAAAUGAAUCAUGGACUGUGUGUCCAGUUAAAAAUGGUUUCCAAUGUUUUGACCUUCAAGAGUUUAAAUUUCUUAAACCUUUACGUACUUAUUCAUUGGGUAACCUUUCAUUAGCUGCUAGUGAAACAAGUGGACCACCAGGUCAAGGGUCACCUGAGAAGUGUAACUUUUUCCGUGAUUCACUUUUGAACGAUUCUUCCGGUGCAAUUGAAAAUCCUUUUGAUAAUAUUUGCUUGGAAAAUGAAGAUGCAAGUGAUAGUAUCAUCAGAGAAUUGGAAAGGACAACCAAUAAAGGAGGAGGUGGUGAUGAUACAUCGGAAGAUGAACUUGAUGAUGAGAUGACAUUAGAUUCAAAUAAAACAACAACGACAACAAAUUGUGGUGAUAAUGAUAAAAGAGUCAACAAUUGUUACAAUGAAGGACCUUUGGUGACCAAUACAAGUCUUUACGUUGUUCGUCUCAUCGGAAAAUAUAUGCAGAUCAUGUUUCUCCUCCGGCAAAUUGCAUUUGAUAUUUUAUUAUCCAUAUUCCAUUUAUUUGAUUACUAUUUUUAUACAGUUUACACCUUUUUCGCCAAGGAAAUUAGCGAAGUUCGUAACAAUUGUCUUUCCUUGCGUUUUAAAUCCUGCCUUGCACGAAUUGAGUCUUCAAUGAAAACCGAUCUGAUCAAUGAGACAAAUGAUCUUGAUCAACAUCCAUCGACAAUACAAUCAAUGGGCCUUAUGGAUCGUAAUUUAUGUCCUGAAAAUCUUCAUGGUUUAGCCGAGAGAAUUGUCGGAAUUGAAUCAGUGAUGUUCCUUGCUUCACAAUUAAAUACUUUACAACAAUUUUUCCGAGAUCUUAUUCCAUCUGGUAAACAUUCAAUUCUUGACAAAUACUAUUCACAGGCUGUAUCAGUUGCUCAGGACUUACGUUAUCCUUGUUAUAUGUUGGUUGCAAUUAGAUCAAUUAAUAUCGAGUCAAUUUUAUCAACAGUUGAAAAUGUCCGUUGGGAUUUAACGGAAAUACCGACCAUGCAUAAUAGUUACGUUGAUUGUUUAUUGAAGGAGAUUCAAUUGUUUUCCUAUCGAUUGGAAAAAAUUUGCUCCUCACUUGAAGCUAAAAUUCCCCAAGAAGCUAAAGAUAUGUUAUGGUCAUCAGUUCUGAAAUUGGCCAAUCGAACCUUUGUCGAAGGAUAUUCAAUGGCCAAAAAAUGUACACCCGCUGGUCGAGCUCUUAUGCAAUUAGAUUACCAAGAAUUUUUAACCAAAGCUGAAAAAAUGACCGCAAUCAAACCAAUACCGGAAAGAGAAUUGGUUGAAGAAUAUAUAAAAGCUUAUUACCUGAUGGACGAUGCCCUCGAGCAAUGGUUAAUGUCUCGUAAUGAAUAUACCCAACGACAAUUAGUUUCAUUAGUUAAUUGUAUUGCCUCUGAGAAGAGAGUUAAGACUCGUCUUCUAGCCAUCAUUGAAAACAAAUUUGAUAAUCAAAAUUGUCCAAAUUCAACAAAUAACGAGACAAGACACUAAAUUUAAUUAUCAACAAACAUAAUUACAGAAAUUAUAAUUGUAGCUCUCUCUCUCUCAUCUUUAUCUUCCUUUCUCUCUUUCUCUCUUUGUAUCUUACUUUCUUUUCUAACUCUAAAUUGUUCAUUCAUGAUUCUCAGCGAUUCAUUUAACUUUCGAAUGUGCAAAUGUUAAUUUAAUUUAUAUUCACAAUCAAAACAAUUAAACAAAUUUUCUUGUUACCA